GAAGGAGAAAGCUAGAAAGAAGGCUGUCAAGUUUAUUAAUUUAUCAUCUUUCAUCCGUCCAAACCCAAAACCCCCAAACCCCUUCUAAUCACAACGCUUCUCCCACCACCAGACUGCACCGUACAAUCAAUCAAUCAAUCGAUCGAUCAACCAACCAACCAAUCGACCUACCUGUCUAUCUAUCCACCCACUCACUCGCUCACUCACUUACGACCCCCCGACCGACAAUUUCUCACUUCACUCAAAACUACCACUACCACCACCACUACUACCACCGCCACAACUCUCUCCAAUAUAAUUUCACCCAAAAAGAACAAUUCCCAACUGGCCAAUCUACUUUUGAUUUUUUUUGUUUUUUUGUUUUUUUGUUUCAUCAAUUGACUCUAUUAAUUUCAUGAAUUUCUCCCAUUUCCACCCCAUCUGCAAAGUACAUGAGGCGAAAUGACAGACGCAUGCAUUGUAUGUUUAGAAGACCUGGAGGUGGCCGCGGUCCAACAGCAGGAAGAAGAAGAAAAAGUUGGGGUUCCGGCUCCCGUCCCAGCACCCAUUCUAGUGGUGCAAGACCCCCAAACCCAUUCCCCAGCGCCUCGAGAGCUCGAGAGGGGCACCGCCGGCAAAGAGCCUGAGUUCGAGCAGUCGCUGCGUCGUCAAUGUAUUUCUUCCGGGAAAGGUGCUGCCAAUGGUAACGGCAACAAUGCUUUAUGCGUGGCUCAGAUUAAACCGUGUGAUCAUGUUUUGCAUGAUCAUUGUUUGAGGGAAUGGAGUCAGAAGGCCAAUAGCUGUCCCAUUUGUCGGGCAAGCUUCAAUUUGGUGCUGGUGCUGGAUGGAGUUGGAGGAACGGUACAAUCAGAAUAUACCGUCGAAGAUCGAAAACAAACGGCCGAGUUCGAUUUAGCUGCGUGGCAAGAAGAUAACCCAGAAGAUUAUGAAGACGAGGAAGAAGGGAGAUCGUGUCCAAUCUGCGACCAGUCAGAUCAGGAGGAUGUGCUCUUAUUAUGCGACGGAUGCGAUGCUCCUUACCAUACACAUUGUAUCGGCCUAGACAAUGUUCCAGGUGGUCACUGGUAUUGUAUGGAAUGUGUGGAAAGCGGUGCUUUUGGUGAACAUGAUGAAUCGCAAGGACCGGCGAGAGCAAUCCCCUUUUCAGGACAGCGGAUCAGCAGAACUCAGGCGAGCGUUCGACGUGCUCGUAGGAAUGGCAGACAAGAUAGAUGGAUUAAUGCUUGGGGACAAUUGAGCAGCGUGAUUCGGAAUGUCGCUGGUGUUGAUCUUGACUUUGCCGAGGAUGAUCAGGAGUUGAGAGGCUAUAGGGACCUUCAACAAUUUUCUGCCACGGAAUUUAAUAGAUGGGAACAGCGAUUACAUAUUGCCAGACGACAAGGUGCAGGUCAAAUAUUUCGAGCCGCAGCACCGCAAGUUGUUCGAGAGCGCAUCCAACCACCGGCACCUGUCAUUGAAACUCGUGAGGAAAGACAGGCAUGGGGAGCUAUGGAGAGAGCUCAGCAUCUUGAUGAUGCAUCGAAUGCGAGGAAGCGCAGAAGAUCCACUGCAUCACCAGCUAGUCGUGGUGGCUCAACACCGGAAGAACCUGAACGUAAGCAGAAACGACCAAGAACAAGAAUUGUUCAAAAUGGAUCAUCAUCUGUCGCAUCAUCCAGUACACACCCUCAACCUCGGCCUUCAUCUAGCAGGAGUAAUGGUUCACCAAGACAAUCACCAAGACCUUCAGAUGCUAUAAAUACGAACAUAAACACCAACGCAGAACCUACAUUUCUUUCUUCACUUCUUCGAGAAGUCGAGAUGGCACCAUCUUCCGAUGAUGAUUCGAUAAGGUUUGGAUUGGAUGUUACAUCUAAUCGAGCAAAUGGUGCUACAAGCCCAUCAUUUGAUUAUUCAUCUCCUGCUACUUCACCAGCAUCUCCCGCAUCUUUUCGCAGUCGCGCAAUAUCAACCACACCCCCACCAAGAGGUCGACAAUCUCGUUCUCCUCCGUUGAGUUCAACUGUUAUGCCUGAUUUUUCUGCUGUUCACUAUUCACCAAAUCGAUCACCAACCGUCGAUUCACCAAGUCAAGCAGCCGGGAGUCAUAACAAGAGAAAGAGAGAUGGAUCACCUACACCGGAAAUUCGACAACCUCAACCUCGUCGACAAAAAAUAUCACGAGCAAGAUCUCAAGAUUCUUCGCCUGUACGAACAGAUGUUGUACAUUCAUCAACAUCUCGAUCCGAAAAUACAUCCCCAUUACGAAAUACAAUGUCAAUUGAAGAGAAACAAAGCAUCAACAAAAUAGUUAAAACAGCUCUAGGACCUCAUUGGAAAUCUCAAAAGAUAUCCGAAGAACAAUAUGCUGAUAUCAAUCGAAAUGUUUCGAGGAAACUUUAUGAACUUAUUGCGGACAAAAAUCAUACAGAUGGAGAUAAAAGUUCAUGGGAAAAGAUUGCUACAACGGAAGUUGGUAAGGCGGUUCAAUCUUUGGGAAAUCAAAUUUCAUGAAAUGGAUUUGGAAUGGAAUUUAAUUGUUACGAAACGCAUAUCACGAACAAACGGACGGCGAAAACAUCUUCGGGACAUUUUCUGGAGGUUGCUCGAGGGCAUAUUGAAACAGGAGUCACA